GAACGUUUUUCGGGAGGAGAAAAACAACCCCGGAAUGUUCGAACUCAAGCCUUUUUAUUCUGCAACUUCGUCGAAAUGAGAAUACAUUUGUCUCGCUGUAUAGAAUCUUUAGGAUUGAUAGUUUAUAUCUUUGCAAUACUUUUUGUGAAUGGCUGUCACUGUGUGAAUGAAGAUGUGGUGUUGGAGAAAAACGAACUUUCCGAACUCUACAAGAAGGGUCUGUUCAUCCUGGAGAGUACCCAGCUGAAGCGUUGCAUCUCCUCCUCCUCUUCCUCCUCCGCCAACCUGGUCCUGGAGAGCUGCGAGAGGCCCACCCGCCACAUGCUCUGGAAGUGGGUCUCCCUCCACCGCCUCUUCAACCUGGGCAGCAGCCUCUGCCUGGGCCUGAACGUCAGCGACGCCACCCAGCCGCUGGGCACCUUUGAGUGCGACGCGCCCCUCCGGACGUUGUGGUGGCGGUGCAAUGGGAACACGCUGUACGGGGCGUCCAUGUUGAAGCUGUCCGUGGUCGGACGUUUGGUGGUGGUGAAGAAGUCCAGCUACCAUCAGUGGAGGAGGUUCUCCACGCCGGGGGAGGGGCCCUGCGCCUAUCCCUAUGAAGAGAUCCACACCCUGCUGGGUAACGGCCACGGUAUGCCCUGCGCCCUGCCCUUCAGAUACAACAACAAAUGGUACUCAGAGUGCACCACGGAAGGCCGCGAGGACCACCAUUUCUGGUGUGCCACCACCAGCCGCUAUGACCGCGAUGAAAAAUGGGGCUUCUGUCCGAGCCAAGAGUUGAGCUGUGACACCUUUUGGGACCGGAACCUGGAGAGCGACACGUGUUACCAGUUCAACCUGUAUACGGUUGUGACAUGGGGCCAGGCCCACUCGUCCUGUCGGGCCCAGGGAGCCAGCCUCCUCAGCAUCACAGACCUCACUGAACAGAGGUACAUCAGAGAGCGGCUGGCUGACAUGGGGGUGAUGGUGUGGAUCGGACUGAACCACCUGAGUGAGGGAAUGGGGUGGCAGUGGUCGGACGGGGCUCCACUAGCCUUGGUCAACUUCUCCUCGGGCCUGUCACAUCGCCCCCUGCAGGACAACCGACAGUGCGGGGUGUAUAACUCCGGUGGGUGGCAGAGUUUGUCCUGUGAAUCAGCUCUGCCCUACAUCUGUAAGAAGACCCCGAACGACACCAGAAGAGCUGAGCCGUUUCAUAACUGGCGCUACUACGGCGCUGUGUGUUCCCAGGGCUGGCUGGCCCACGGCCGAUACUGCUACAAGGCCCUGUCAGAGGCUGGUAGCUGGGAGGACUCGUCCGCCGCCUGUUACUCUGCAGGGGCCAACCUCACCAGCAUACACUCUCUGUCUGACAUGGAAAUGCUAUUGGAACUGCUAGCCAAUGGGUCAGGCUCCGAGGUGUGGAUCGGCCUGAUGAAGAAGGCGUGGUCUCCCGCUGUGGAGUGGUCCGACGGCACCCCGGUGGACCUCACAUUCUGGCACAGGAACCAGCCGGCCCACAGCAACGAUCGGCUCUGUGCCAAAGCUGACAUAAAGGAGGGGAACUGGCUAUUGGCACCAUGUGAUGAGAAGAUACCUGCAGUGUGUAGGAGACCUGGCCGGGUGCCCAUUCAACCCAUCGACAGACGGGACGAUGGGUGUCCUGAUAACUGGUGGCGGAAGGGCCACUCCUGUUACACAGUGACGGACCACGAGCAGAGCUUUGAGGACGCCGUCAAGGGCUACUACUGCAAGGCUCACCUGGUCACAGUGGAAAACAGGUUCGAGCAGGCCUUCCUAAACAGCUUGUUGAGCGAGUUGGCGCCCAGCGGUGAUGCCUAUUACUGGACAGCCCUGCAGGACCAGGGAAACAGUGGGGAGUACAGCUGGCUGGGGGGGGCGAAUGGAUCCACCCUGCCUCUGGUCUUCACCAACUGGAACAGGCAUCAACCAGUCAGUGCAGGUGGCUGUGUGGCCAUGACAGGUGGCCGGGCCCUGGGUCACUGGGAAGUGAAGGACUGCAAAACCCAGAAGGCAUUGUCUGUGUGCAAGCAGAGUGUCAGUGGUUACCGGGAGGCCCUGCUGCCUGCGGUCCAUAUUGACGCCUACGCCCCCUGUCCCCCGGGCUGGGAAUCUCACACAGGCCUGCUCCACUGCUACAAGGCGUUCCACAGCGAGAAGAUCCUGAUGAAGAGGUCCUGGGUGGAGGCAGACUUCUUCUGCCAGGCCCUUGGAGCUCAGCUGGCCAGCUUUCACCACUAUGAGGAGCAGGUCUUUGUCAAAGAAGUCCUCCACUCCUUGUUCGAUGGAACAGAGGGUCGUUGGUUCUGGGUGGGCUUGAAUAAGAGAGACCCUGGAUCUGCGGGGGCGUGGGAAUGGUCCGACGGUACACCUGUGGUGUCAUCCUUCAUAGAGGACAAGAACCAGGAAGACGACGGCCAUAGCUGUGCUGCCUACAGCGACUUGACCGAUGCACUUCUGCCGCGUCCCUGCGACACGAGGCACGAGUGGAUCUGCAAAGUGCCCAGAGGUUUGGAGCUGAAAAAACCAUACUGGUAUAAUGACCAGAACAAUCCCUGGGUGUUCUACAGAGGAGCAGAGUAUCUGUUUGCCCAGAAGCCUUUUCCCUGGGAGGAAGUCAACCUGGGCUGCUUGAUGAUGGGGGCCCACAUGCUGUCUGUCCACUCCAAAUUGGAGCACAAUUGGAUCUUAGAUCGCAUCCAGUCGAACUUUCCAGGGGCCACUGAAUGGUGGAUAGGGCUGUCUACAGAUCUGGUGAGGGAAGAGUUCAGUUGGAGUGACGAGUCCCCUCUGGAUUAUCAGAACUGGACAGAAGGAACCUCCCAUGAUGCCCCAGUGAAAAACAAAAAAUGUGUGACCGUGUCCUCUCAAAUAGGUAAGUGGUCGCCGGGGGACUGUAGCGAUCUCCAUGGCUACGUGUGUAAGCGUAGGACCGCGUCGGUGGUGGAGAUUCCCAGGGAGCCUCACUACAUCGGAGGGUGUCCGGAAAGAUGGCUCUACUUCGGACAUAAGUGUCUUCUGCUGCACCUCCCGAACAGUCCUGAAGAGGGAAAGAGCUGGAAAGAUGCCCAGUCCAUCUGCUCGUCUUUCCAAGGCACGCUGGUCGCCAUCGGAGACGAGAUAGAACAGGCGUACAUAACCAUGCUGCUGCAGGGCGGGGCAUCAGGCGUGUGGAUUGGCCUGCGGGACGAGGACACCAUGAAAUGGACCAAUGGAAACCCUGUCAGCUACACCAACUGGUCCCCUGUAGAACCUAAGAACUCUCUGACGGAUGAGUGGCUGGGCGGGGCCCUGCCAGGGCUUGAUCCUCUAUGUACUGUUCUCUCCAACAACCACAACUUCCACCUGACAGGGAAGUGGUAUGACGAGAAGUGCACGGAGAGCGGCUAUGGCUUUGUCUGUCAGAAGCCCCAAGACCCCAGUAAGCCCCCCACCCACUCCUACCUCCACCCUCUCCCUGACAAUAUAGAAUACAGGAAUGGCAGCUACAGGGUUGUCCGUGGCAACAUGACCUGGUACGAGGCUCUGCACAGGUGCUCCGAGUCCAAGUCUGAGCUGGUGAGCAUCACCGAUCCUUUCCAGCAGGCCUUCCUGACUGUCCUGGUCAAUAAACUGGACUUCCCCCACUGGAUUGGACUGUAUAGUGAAGACGAUGGGAUCAACUACCACUGGUCAGACGGCAGUGACACGGUCUUCACCCACUGGGACCCGACCGACGGUGACGAUGAGGACCUGCUCGUGGGCGACUGUGUGUACAUGGAUGUCGCCGGGGGCUGGAGGAGGGCGGACUGCGACACGCCCCUCCCGGGAGCCCUGUGUCACCUCCCGCCCCCUAAGAGCGGCGCGUUCACCAGCUACGAGGUCGUCUGCCCGCCGACUUGGGUGAAGUUUGGUGCCGGCUGCUACAACUUCGAGCCUGUGAUCCAAAGGCUGACCCUCCAGGAGGCCAGAGAGCACUGCAGACACAAAGUGAACACCUCAGAUGUCAUGACCAUAGAGUCAGAGACGGACCACAGGUUUGUCAUGACGCUGCUAUGCUCAUAUGGUUUCCCUCACCAGUCCGUCUGGCUCGGGAUGUCCUUCAACGCAGACACGCGCUCCCUGGCAUGGUUUGACGGUACCCCUGUGGAGUACUCCAACUGGCACUUCAAGGCCCCGGACCUGGGCCAGCUGACACCCGACACCUGUGCGUCCAUCCGUGUAUCUGAUGGGGAGUGGCACCUCUCACACUGCACUGACAGGCUGGGUUUUGUCUGCAAAACGACUUCAGACAUGGUACCUGAGGUGGAAGUGGAACAUCUAAACGACCUGCACCGCGGUGUGGUCCCGGUCGCCGUUUUGGUGGCCGUGCUGCUCUUCGCUGCACUUUCGGCCGUGCUGUGGUUCGUGUACAAGAGGAACUCGGCGCGCUUCCACAGACUACAGUCUCUGGGGAACGCCUACUACCGACAGACCGAUUCCCAGGCCACCGAGUCGGAUGGCAACGUUCUCAUCACAGAUCUGGAACCUCACUCCGGAGAGUAGCGUUGCGUCCCCAAAGGCACCCAGUGGCCCCAUGUAGUUCCCUACUCUGGUCCAAAGUGGGGCACUAUAUGGAGAACGAGGUGCCUUUUCACACACAGAAGGGAACCUAUUGGAGGGAGUGAAACGGCAGCGUUCUCUGAAGUUUGCUAAACCUAGGGAAUUUAGGAAACUCUGAAUAAUGCUUAGGCCUCUUGGUGAUGACACGGACGUCUGUGGGGGAACUUUGGAGAAGUGUGUGAGAGCCUUGUGCGCUUUGUCCGCUUCACACAGCAGGUUGAUGAGUCCGGGACCAAUCAUGUGGCUGGGAGGGGGUGACGCGUGAGUACGUUUUGUCCACCAAGGAUCAAAGCUGGUAUCCCAAAUACAUACUAUGAAAGAUAGUGACAUUCAAAUGUGUAGAUUUUUUAUUUGGAUUUUCUUUGCAUUGUAAAGUACCUGUUUUGUUAAGGUACAAUGCCAAAUGCACAGUGUUCCCACUAAUACCGAUACCCACAGUAUUUUGUAAGUAUUGCACCCAAUGAAGUGUAGUUUUAAAUAAUAACUUGACCCAGACAAACAUAUAUCUUAUAUUUAGCGUUUCAGGUGGUAAGGGUUUUGAUUUAGAUUUUAAAAAACCUUAUCAUUUAUGUAUUAUUACAGAUAGACGUCUGCAGAUCCCAAAACUAAUUACCAAAUUUUCUGAAAAAUAUACAGUAGGUAAAGUAUCCUUAAAGUAAAAUGUUUAUUUGUGAGCACUUUAUUGCACCAAAACCAUCAAUGCAUUACUGAAGGAUUUUUAUGUAGCUUAUAUUUUGGUGCUUUUUAUUGUUUGGUUGGUUAGAUUACAUUAUUGUGUUUAUUUCACUUGGCAGAGAACUCACACUCGGUAUUUAUAUUUGUCCAAAUAUUUACAUACAUGAAUAAUAUUCUUUAGAGGAAGGGGAGAGAAUUAAAUGAGAAUAAUGCAGGCAUUUAUUUAUGUUUUAUUUAUAAGUUGGAGAAAAAUAUUAGUCAUUCACUUCCAUUUCUUCAUUAGCUCUACACAUCUGUCAACGUAGAAUAAAAAUAUUGUUUAUCGAUUGAAAAGAAGUGCUUGUAUAUUGACUUUACCGUCAUUCUGCGAAGAUGAAUUCAGUAUUCUGAGUAGACGUAGAUGUCUGUAUUUUAUUUCUCAGUGUUUAGUUUUUGUAUAUUGGAUAUUUUUUCCUUUUGUGUUGAAUACUCUUUCGUGUUAUUUCAUCGAUAAUGUUCAUAACAAAUACAUGAAUACAAUUUGUUAAAGGAAAUUGCCAUCUUUGUAUAUAAAAUAAACUUU